UUGUCGUCCUGUCGUCCUGUCGCUCAUUCUGGUUGCCGCAAAAGGAACAAAGAAACAAUUAAAGUGCAGACCGCAAGGCGGAAGGAAGUGCAUACCGCAAGUGAUUCCCCCUGCCUCCCCCCUCUUCUCCCCCUCCAAGUCGAGUUGCAUGUUGGAUUGUGCCACAAAAACUUUUGAGCCAAGUUUCCCUUGCACUUCCACUUCGACUGCCACUUCCCCUUCUGCUGGCUUAACCCCCAAAUGCCCCCCAGUGUAAAAUGAAAGCAGACAACUUCUUCAAGUACGGCGCCCCUUUGUACCAACCGAAAAGUACACGGAGUCACUCGCAGUUGCAGAACCACUCCAGCAACAUCGGCCAUCUGACCUCGUCCUCGCUCCUCACGAGCGACGACCUGCGGCAUCUCACCCAGCAGCGGGCCACCGGAUACUCGGACAGGGAGAGCCUCGCCAGCGCCAGCAGUGCGGGUGGCCGGAUUAAGCGCCGAUCGAGAAACUUCCCCAUGAAGUCCUCGAAGGGGGGCAUCAGCAAGAAGAGCAAGACCAUGGAUUACACCAAUUAUGCCUACAAUGAGGCAGUUGGUCGAUUGAAGGUAAUGCUGGCCGACAACUCCUAUGUGGCACCGAAAUUGGGCGGCGGUGUGUCUUCCUAUUUGCGCAACUUCAACGAGGAUUCUGGGGAUAACUUCUCCGACAAUCUAUCGGUCAUUGAGCGUCCCGUCUUCUCGGACAUUUCCAAGUACUUGUCGCCCAGCCAGAAGUCGCGGAUUAGCUCGUAUCGCCCUAAAAAAUCCUAUGCCUCGGGUUAUCUCUCGGCUUCCAAGGAGAACCUGGCUUCCACUGCAACUCUCUAUCCGAGUAGUGCUGUUCCGGUUGUUCCAGCUGCUCCCCUUCCCUCGGAUAGCGUUCCUGCUCCAGUGGAGAUCUUCAGCUUUAUCGAAAAGCAGGAGGACUACAUCGAACAGCUGGAGAAGGAGUCCAAGUACUGUCGCAAUGAGCUAACCAAUCUACUUGGUAAAGUCAAGGAUGUGAUUAAUGAGAACGAGCAGCUGACGGAGAACGCUCGAUCUGAGUUGGUGGCUCUUGGUUCGGGGAAAUCCCAGCCAGUGAUUGCCACCACAAGUCCUUCCUCGGAUAGUGACGAGCACUUGGUGUUCGCCAGUGGACGGAAGACUCCUUCAACUCCGAGGAAGAGUGCCACCAAGGGGCAAGUGCAGAGUCCUCGUUAUGCCAGUGCUCCAAAUAUUGUCUACGAAGCCAGGAUCAGCGAACUGGAAGCCGAAUUGAUGCAGGCCAGCAUUGAUCUCAGACGUUUGCGCACCGAAAACGAGGAGCUGAAGAGAAAGUUGGCCCACACAGAUCCACUUUCAACUGUGGCCACUUUAACCGGAGGAUCCAAUUGCGAGUUGCAUCGCAAGCAGCUGGAGAACCUUCAGCAGGAUAAGAACACUCUGGAGGAGAGUGUUCGCCACCUGCAGAGGCUUUUGGACGAGGCCAAGGCUCAGGGUCAAGGAAGUGCCUCCUCCAAGCGAUACAUCAACGAUCUGGUACAGAUGGAACGAUCGCAGGCGGAGUUGGAGGUGCGUCAUCUGCGGGAUGAACUGGACAGGCAGCACGAGAGGGUCAGGGAGCUGCAGCACGAGAUGGCCAGGCGGCUGGCCGAGGAGCGGGCCAGUGCCGAGAGGCGGUACAACAGCCAGGUGGAUCAGCUGGGCGGAGAUCUCAGCUGCCAGUGGGAGCAGGUGGCCAAGCUUCAGUUGGAUCUGGAGCGCCAGAAGCGCUAUGAAACCGAUCUCAAGCGGGAUGUGGCGAGUAAGAAUUCGCAGAUCGAGGAGCUGAAAAUGGAGCUGAGGGCCAACAGGACCACUUUCCUCGCUGACAUGGCACAGGUGAAUGCGGAGAAGCAGUCCUUGGAGCAGGACAUCACUUCGCUGCGUCUGCAACUGGAUCGAGCUGCCAGGGAAACCAAAACGGAGACCGCUCGUCUCACAGCCGAGAUAAACUCCUUGAGGCAGCGAUUGGAUCGCGGGGAUGCGGAUCUCCUGCACUCCAAGAGGGAGGUCCUGCGGCUCAACGAUGAGAUAGCCAAUCUGGAAAAGGAGCUCGCUUAUGGAGAGUUGAAAAACGAAAUACGUCCCACCAAAAAAGACCUGGAUAAGCGGAUUUCCGAAAUGCAGGAUAAGCAUGCGGGAACUGUAAAUGAGCUUGAGGAAAUGAUAACAUCUCAGAAGCAACUCAUGGAUAAACUGACGAACGAGUGUAAGACCCUAACGGGCAAAUUAGAGGAUACGACCUACAAGCACAAUCUGGAGAAGCAGCAGCUGCGUGCCACAAACGAGCAGCUGAUGUCACGCCUGAGGCAAAUCUGGGGCAAAUACAAGUCACAACUGCCCGUGCACCAAGGAUCCCCGGAGUUGAGCUCCGAGGAGAUGCGGGAUGAGCACCCCCUAGAAUCCCCGUCGCCGCUUACGACUACCAGGCAGCGACAUAUGGCACCCCAAUCGAACCCAUACAAAGCACCGCACCACCACACAACAGCGCCACCGACGACGACUACGCCACGUCCGCCGGUCUGGGCCUCUCCGAUGGAGGAGGAGCAACUGCAUCCGCCUCGGCAGCAGCAACAACAGCAGCAAGCAUUGCAGCAGGAGCAGCAGCAGCAGCAGCUGCAGGAGAAGGAUCCUCUGCAACGGGAAGGAAGAGCAGCAUCGCCGACUACGGACUCCAGGAUAACGAUGACGAGAAUCUCAAGGACAACCUUGGCCUGGGCGAGAAGCAGCAGCAGCAGCAACAGCAACAACAACAACAGGAUGUGGACAGGCAACGGGAGCGGGAGGAGCGGGAUCGGGAGCUCCAACAAUUGCGGGAGCAGCGGGAGAAACGAGAAAGGGAAAGGGAGCGAGAAAGGGAACGCGAGCAGGCAGAGCAGCAGCAAACGGAGCAGCAGCAACAGUUGCAACAGCAACAACAACAACAGCAGCAGCAGCAGCAACCCUUGGCCGAAAGCAGUAUUGCCAAUGCCGGAAGCGCCAACUUGGCCGCCUACAACACCGAUUACAGUGGCUACGAUCAGCAGCAGUACGACGCGAGUGCCUACGAUCCCAGUGCCUAUGGCCAGCAGCCGUACGAGGGUCAGCAGUACGACUACGGGGAUGCAGGAGCCGGCUACGAUUACGGAGCAGCGGACUAUGGACAGUCUGGAUACCAGUAUGACGCCACGCCAGGAGCAACCACAGCCGCAGCCACAGCCGCAACCGCUCAGCCGCAGUCCCAGUAUCAAACGCAGCAGCGAGUGGCCACGGAUUACAAUCGAUCGCCACCGACGACCGCGACAACGGGCAUCACAUCACCACCAGCAGGAUCAGCAUCAGGAGCAGCAGGAUCAACUGGAGCAGCAGCCACGUCAGCAUUAUCAUCUGGAGCAGGUGGAGCAACCGGAGCGAGCCGAUCACAAUCGCGCCCGGGCAGCGGAGCUGUGGGGUCAGCAGCUGCUGCUGGAACAGUCGCCGGCGGAAAAUCCGCUCUGCCACAACAGCCUGCCGCGUCAGCCGCCGGCAAGAAGUAGUUGGAGUCCCGCCUUCGAGGAUCGCCUCUCGCUGGAGUGCUCCAUCAGCAGUCCCAGCCUGAUGCGAUCGUCCAACGAUGAGACCUGCUCGGAACUGGCCGAUCUCAGCGAGACCUUCUUGGUUUUGGUCGAGGGUUCAGAAGGAGAGGAGGAGGAUCAAGAAGAGGAGAGCCUGUCGCCGGCCCACACCACCAUCAUCACGGCCAGGAGGUCCAGUGCUCCGGCGGUGGUCCAGCAGGCGGACAUUGCCAACGAAACAGUCACCAUCGAGCGCCAUCUAGAUGCCCAGGAACAGGAAUAAGAGUAGGGAAUGGGAUCAGCAGCACCGAGUUCUCCAGCAACAGCAGUUUCUUCAGUCAACAUACGUAUAGUACUUCUACUCAUGUGUUCCGCGAUUAAUCAAAGAAAAUAAAUUCAAGUUUUUUAACUAAUAAAACAAUUAGAAGACAAAAUGUAUACAACUUAAUAA